ACGAAGCUCUCCCUCUGUGAUAAGUCGAUGGAAGGAACUGCACGAUAGCUUGCGUAAGAUUAUACUGUUCUUGGGAAGGGUAAUUAGACGAGAAAACUGCUGGAGCUAAGUAGUGUGUUGCUGAAAAUUUAUCGAGAUGAUUCUUCGGCUAAACACGAAGGGAGCGAAAACGUUUCCGAUAUUAAAAUGACGUCACUGAAAACUACAGGAGCAACAGCUCCUAAUCGAAAUAUAACCGUUUUUAGUCAUGUGAAGUAUGAGCAUCUUAUAGCAGGCAUAUCUGGUGGUGUCGCGUCAACCCUCAUCCUACAUCCGUUAGAUCUCAUUAAAAUCAGAUUCGCAGUUAAUGAUGGACAAACCAAAACAACACCACAGUACAAGGGUUUAACAAGUGCAGUAACAACUAUAGUGCAACAAGAAGGUCCUCGUGGCUUAUAUAGAGGUGUGACACCAAAUGUGUGGGGCUCAGGAAGUGCUUGGGGAUUUUAUUUCCUGUUCUAUAACACCAUUAAAACAUGGAUCCAAGGAGGGAACAGCAAAAAGCCCCUGGGACCAUUCCUUCAUAUGUUGGCUGCAGCAGAGGCAGGGAUUCUCACCCUCGUUAUGACAAAUCCUAUAUGGGUGGUGAAAACUCGGUUAUGUCUGCAGUAUAGUGAAUUGGAUCUGUCGAAGCUACCAGACAGCAAAAGAUAUGCUGGGAUGAUGGAUGCUCUGAGAAAAAUUUACCGUACAGAAGGGAUCCGGGGACUUUACAGGGGUUUUGUUCCUGGGAUAUUUGGUGUUUCUCAUGGUGCACUCCAAUUCAUGACUUAUGAAGAAAUGAAAAAUAAAUACAAUAAUUACAGAAAUGUACCUAUUGAUACAAAAUUGGGAACUGGUGAAUAUUUAACAUUUGCUGCAGUUUCAAAGUUGGUAGCAGCUGCUGCAACAUAUCCAUACCAAGUAAUUCGUGCAAGGCUGCAGGAUCAGCAUCACGACUACAAGGGCUCAUGGGAUUGUAUCCUCCGCACUUGGAGGUAUGAGGGUGUACGGGGUUUUUACAAAGGGUUGAGUGUUAACUUGACUCGUGUAACACCAGCAACAAUGAUCACCUUCGUUGUAUAUGAGAAUGUGUCGUAUUUCUUGCUAAGCUUCAGACGUGAACCAACCAGCCUUUAAGAAAAUUAGACAAUGAAUGACCCAGAAGAGUUACCAACAUUCCUUGCAGUGAAAUCUACAAACUAUGAAAUUGUUAAGCUUUAAAAGUUGUUCCACGGAGCAUUUAAAAUGUUCACUUUAAUUUACGAAAACAUCCUAUGAAUAAGCAGUUUAGUGGCUACUGAGAAUGUAAAUUUGAUUGACAGGACACAUUAAUAAAAUCUAGUAAUGUGAGUUUUUAAUAAUAUGGAUUAAUAUUGCUAUGGCUGUGAUUGUGAACAUUGUAAUAUGUUGAGAUCAGUGUGAAUUUGUUUCACAGAGAUCAAAUACAGUAAUAAAAUUUUGUAAUUUCAAACUGUCAUUCUUGUCAUUUAGUUUCAGGUAAUUAAUACUACUAACAUUGUAUUGUAAAAUCCAGAUUCUGCCUGAGAAUUACUUAGAUUUUAUCUCUUUGAUUAAACAAUAAUGACAUGAUUCCUGUAAUGACGAACUGUUAAGAGGGGAUGCUGUCAAGUACUUAAUUUAUAAGAAACAAUCUGUGUAGUCUGAUUAUAUCACGAUAAUGUCAUAAUGUGUAUCUGACUAUAUCAUGAUGAUGUCAUGUGUAAGGCAGUUUAUAUUUCGUGAUGCCAGUGCAUGUGUAUUUCCUUGAUUAGAUCCUGCAAAAGAGUUAAAAUUUUAGUAGAGAAAACCUUGACAUUUGGCAGGAAUUUCAUAGGUGUUGUAGUGAAUUAAAUACACAGAAAAGAAUCUAGCAGUGAGACUAAUUGCAGUUUGAUAAAUGUGGUUUCAAAAGUUUGCUUCAGAUGCACAAAUUCUUCAUACUAUUAAAACUAAUACCGGCAGAACUGAGUCAAUACUGAAGAACAAUACCUUUUUUAAGUCAAUAUGAAAUGAAAGCUGAAUUCAGUGUGACAAGAGUAAAAUUUAUCAUCCUUUCAAUUGGUCUACCUACAUCAAUGAGAAAUAUAUAUUUAUUCUGUGUUGUUUAUUAUUCUGGCUUCUGAAUGUUUGAAUAUUAGGUAAGAAUCCAUGCAAAAUGGUUACCAUGGUUUCUAAUAUUGUAUCCAACUCUUUCUUAAAAAAACCUCUCUUCUAAAAAUACGUACCUCAAUAGUUUGCCUGAGCCCUGAUUGGCAUCAGUAGAGAAAUGAGCCUCUGUACAGAAGCCACAUUACUCAAUACAUUGUUAAAGUUUAAAAAUUCAUACCUGUUGUUUGUUUAUAUUCCAAAGAUGUUUACUGCAAAUAUUUCAACAGUCGUCUAAACCCUUUAUGAAGUGUUUGCCAAUGUCACUUUUUUUUUUUUUUUUUUUUUUUUUUUUUUUUUAAAUAGCUAUUCCAGAGUUGAAAUUACUGAAUUUAAAUGGUACCAAAACACCUUUUAUACUCACUGACUUUUGAGGAGAUCUGAAUGCAAUGACUGUCAAAGCCAGCAUGGAUAAAAGUUAAGUCAGUAGGGGGUGAAUUGAAAUUGUAAAAUUUACCAAUAUUAUCCAACAUGUUAUACCCAGUCGUGAAGCUCAUACAGCAAAAUCAGUAAAUCACAGUGCCAAAACUGGAAAUGGGCAAUGGUAAUAAACCCAGAUUAUACAGAGUUAGGUUGACAUUGCCCUUGGCUUAUAGUGACAUGUUAAUGUCGUGCUGUGAGUGCAGUCUCAAUGCUGCUGAUCAGCUGCACUGAGAAUUUGACACUUUAGAAAUCCUUGGUGAGCUCUACACGUUGCAUCUGAUUCCCAAACCUGCAUCUUAGAAGCACCUGAAGUAUUGUUUACAUAUUAAUAGAAAUUGUUAAUUUCUCUCUCACCUCACCUUCUGAAUUGAUUACGUUGUGCUUUAAUUUACAAAUAAGUACAACACUUCUUACUUUCAUUAUACUGUAGUACAUACCAUAUAAGUGGAGUGUUAUUAAAAUAUUAGCUGAUUGUAAUUUUAAGGUACUGAGUGUGAUGGUUCAGGAUAUUUGUGUUUUUAUUUAUUCUUUAGCCAAACAGUAAUUUGUACAGUAGUUCAGCUAGUAUAGAAUAGUAGUUAAAAAACAUUGGUAUUGGGAAUCUCAUUUAUAUAACUGCUCACAUUGUGUUCUGUUUUUGAGUAAAGUGUCUUUGUGUAUUAUAGAAAUUCCUUGGGAGUAGUCUACCCAAAAUUUUGUUCAUUGUGUUGGAAUUAGUCUUGCUAUUAACAUUUGAACAAGAAUUGGGUUUUUAGUAUUAUAAAUGUUUGGGGAAGAACACAUUUCUGAGUAAAAUUUGUCAUGAGAUAUGAUAUAGAACUUGCCAGCAUCUCCUUGUACUUGUUUGUCUAAAUAUUAUUGUUGUAUUUACUGACUUUUCUAGUCCAUUGGAAUCAUUUUUAAACUGUAGUGCUUAAUGUAGUAAAUGUCCAAAAGGUUUCCACAAAUAAAUUAUGUUGUAUUUAA